AUGAACCUACUAAGCCUGGCAAACAACUCAGUAGUUAUUAUUGGCCUGAAGUUCAAGAAUCCAUUGUUUCUUUCAUGUUGGAUCUCUGUCUCACUUUCUGAGAUUCUCACUGUGGAGGUUCAGCCUGGUGAAGAAGUCACAUUGAUGUGCAACAACUUUAGCAGCUCUCCCUCUAACAUAUUCUGGUACAGACUGACCAGUGGAGCCAGCGUCAGCUGUAUCUCAUAUAUAACCAGCUCAGACAAAGCUUUGCUCUGUGAUGGAUUUCAAAACAGGAACUUUAUAAUGACAUCCAACAUCACAAACCUCUUCCUGAACAUCAAAAGUGUGGAUGUAUCUGACUCUGGGUUGUACUUCUGUGGAUGUUGUAAAGAAGGUUUCUCAGCACUGGUCAGUCCAACAUAUUUGAAAGUUCAAGGUAAAAUUGCUGUCAAGUGCUUUGUGUCUUUUAAUCUUUAUCGAAAUCUGUAUCACUUUCAACUUAUAAGUCACAAAAGUCAACAUAAAAAGCAUAAUUUAUUUUCUUUCUUUGUGAUCCUGGGCGGUGUAACUAUUGUCCUUGUGAUGGUCAUCAUUGGUCUGGUUGCCACAAUCAGGAAAUUGCAUGCAGGUAUUUUAAUGUUUUUAUUCAAAAUUCACAUGUAAAGGUUGGUAAGGAUUUACUGACAGACAGUUUCUGCCAUUUAACACAACAUGAGGAACCGAAUCCACAACACAAUGAGGUAAUCAACAUUCAAACCCUAGAUUCACAUUCAUGAUCUGAUUUAAUCAAAUUGCCAAGUAAUGUGCAAUAUUUGUGAUCGUAAAUAUUUUCCCUUACAGAACUCUGACCCCGAUACGCUGAACUAUGCACCACUGAGUUUCCAUCCCAAAAUGAAAGAUAGUCGAAGGCCUGAGAGAGAGAUGGAGUCAAACGUGGUGUAUGCUGCCACAAGACAGACUCACAAAACAAUGACAAUAGCAACUCAGAGUGGAGAUUGUGCUUCAUCAUAUUAAUCUGCUUGUGGGCAUUUGUGAGGUUUGUGGAGAGAAGACGUUACCAUCACUGUCAAUAAAAGUGAUUUUGUAAUAAAGAUUGUAUAUUCUAUCAAAUUGUACAGUCUCUCCAGUAUUAAUUAAUUCUUUCUUACUCACUUGCUUGCUUUUGGUCUAAAAAAAAAAAAAAAAAAAAAAAAAA